AAAUCUCUGGCUUGUGAAGAACCAGUUGAUGACAGUAUUCUGCUUGGCUGGGGCUGAGGGUGAGAGAGAAGCCAAAAGUGCCAUUGAUGUGACAGUAACUUUUCUGCUGCCAACAGCGAGCUGCAGCCUGGAGGAUGGGAGCCCAUCCAGCUUGGAGGAAGUCAGGGAGGAAUAUGUCAGGAGGCAAUUCGGCAGUCACAGCACUGCAUCAGCCUCAGAAGAUAUGAGUGAAAGUGACUCUGCCAUCUGGUAUUUGCUUCAAGAAUCUGAAAAACAAACACUGGAAGAGUAUGGGAAGCCAGAAUUGAUUCAGUUUUCAGACACUUUAUCCCCAGAUCUAGUGGAAUUUGAACGAUACCUGUAUUUUUAUAAGCACACAGUGGACCUGCUGAUAGAGCAUGGGAUUGUUUGCACUGGAGAGGUGCCUCUUCCUGAGGUCUCCACAGCUAUUUCCCAUCUCUGGCAAGAGCUUUCUGAAGAGAGCAGGGACAGCAUCUUGCAGUACUGUAGCCAGAGAGAUUUCCUCAUGGAUCCCAAGGCUGCUUGCCCAGAGCCUGCUUGCACUGAAGGUAGUGUGAGGGACAGCGGAGGUAACAGUGAGGAAGCCAGUGGUUCCUCAGUCUCCACACCAGAGGAAGUGAUGUUUGAAGAUGCAUUUGAUGUUGCUGCUGGUUUCCUUGACAGAAGUAAGGCUCAGGGAACGUCCAGCCAGAGUUCAGCAUUUGCAAGCUGUACUUCUGAAAAUCCAGAGGAUCACCAGAGACUCUAUCUGCAGGUCACUGACUUCCUGAAACACCUCUUCUUCACUAAUACACAGUUUUGCCAGGAAGAAGAUCUGCACUAUGAUCAUGAGACCGUGAUGCUGCGGUGCACUGAGACCUUCGAUGAUGAAGAUUUCUAAACAGUAUCUCCACUAUCUCUACUU